GUCUUACCAAAUCUUCUUUGGUGACAAGAUUGAUCCAGAAAAUAUGGAUACCUUCAUCUAUUUCGUAUUCAGUUUUGCUGUAUACAUACAGAUUUGCGAAGGGUUGUACGGUUGCAAUCAGUCGAUGCCAACCAUUUCGUACGUUGAAUCUUGUCCAAAAAACAAAACAGAAUGGAAUAUUGCUGCAAGGCGAAAAAACUGUGACAGCUUGGCAGCUUUUCAAACAUGUACAGAACCAGAAAAUUUUCAAUAUCAUUGCUUGGAAAAUCAACGGCAAACUAUGACACUGGAAAUUUGUGCACCAAUUUUCUAUUUGCAAGGAUAUUGUGCUAGAUACAGCACCGACAAAAAGCGAGUUGAGGAAAAUUACGAGAUUGGAUUUGAAUGCCUGAAAUUUGAUGAAAGCGAGAGAUGUCCGACUAGAUACCCAUCCACCGACGCCUAUAAAUAUCAAAGAUGUUACAAACUCAAAUACCAAACACCGACACAAACUUCUUGUUCGGUUUGUACAUCACCAUCAUCACAACCGGAAACAACACCAAUUGUGACAAAGGAAUAUUUUGGAAAUGAAACCAAUGAUUCCAUCAAAACUGCUUUCCUUGUGAUACUUGCUUUGGUCUUGGCUGGUGUAAUUGUGUUCUUCAUUUUGUUUUAUAAGAGAAAAUCUCUCAAUCUCCAAAGAUUUCGCAAAGUGCUGACUUGUGAUGUGGAAACAAGUUCUAAUGAUGAAGAGGAAGGAAAUAUAGCUAAUGAGAGUUCACUAUUGCUUGUACAAGAGCCUUGUCCAGGUGUACAAGCACCCAUAGCAAGUGAUAAUAUUGAUGUUUCUCGUUCCUCGUCUAUUGACGUUCCUUCUUCAACUCCAUUAGUUGGUGAUGAUCCGGAAAAACUCAACUCAGAUAAAGAUAUUGUUUCAAACACCAAGUCAAAACAAGAGCCAGUGAGUGACAAGUCUUUAAAACCAAUGCCAUGUAAUGAGAGUGCUUCCGUACAAAAGUCGGACACUUUUCUUAAUUCUACGUCCAACUUAGAAACUGACCGGUUUAUGAAAGCAAAGCUUGAUGCCCACAGUCUAUCAAAACCAAAGUCAAUUGUUUUUACUUUGUCACAAGUAAAGUCAGAUACUAAGAAUACUUCGAAACCUUCGGAGUCGGAGAAUGACCCUACGGAAAUUUCAAUUCCAGCAAAUAUCACAACAGAAGAUAAAAGUCGAGACGCAUAUGAAGAGAAAUUCAACAAAAAUCCAUCCAAAUCAAAUGAAGGUCAUAACUUGAAACCAGUGUCGCAUGAGAACAUUUCAUCCAAAUCACCAUCACGUGAGGCUUCUGAUUCACGACAAGUGUCAAAUGACAAAUCUGCUUCUGAUCCAGUUUCAGCAUCGCACACAUCGUCGAACAGUGUGUUUAAGUUUGAAAGUACUAAAGAGGAUGCGAAAAAUGUUGAUAUUGAUGAUUCAAAAGCAAAACCAACAGCUAUGCCUGCUGAAUCAUCACAGUCUUUAUUAUUUGAUAAACCUUCACUGUCGAAGAAACAUAACUCUGGUUCAAAAGCACCGGAUGAUAGUGUUAGUUAUUCUGACCAAAUAUCUCAAAAUGGAACAGAUGUUCCCAAACAAAGUUUACAAAAACAAGCUACAGCAAAAUCAACACCAAAAGACGUUCCUGCAUCAGAUAUUGUUCUUGUUUCAACAUUAUCAACCGGAAACCCUGCUCCUGGUAAUGGUACAACUUCUAGACCAAUGCCUAAAAAUAAUCCAGUGGAUAAAGACACCACGCCUUCAGCAUUGUCAAGUGGCAAUCCUUCUCCUGAUAGUGCUGCUUCAAAACCGAAGUCUGGAAACAAUCCAUAUGAUAAAGACACCAUGUCCUCAGCAACGACGAAUAAUGAGCCAAAUCCUAGAAACAAUCCACGUGAGGAAGACACCCCACCUUCAGAGCCUAAAAAGUCGAAAAAAGGACCAGCACCAAAACCUCCUAUCGAACCAAAGAAUAACGAACCCCAAGAUGUUCCGUUGAAGAAAAAGAAAGAACCACCACCACCCCGACCACAAGAACCACCUAAAAAAAAUUAAAUUUAUAUGUGGAAUUUUCAAGUUUAUGUAAUGCUUAACAUACUUUUUUAGAUUUGUUACAAGUAUAAAAGAUGAUUUUGAGACAGUGAAGUUAUAGACUUAAUAUAACAUCACAGUGUUUCUAGUUUGGUAUGCAAAAUGUUCUGAAUUGUCAGUAAAUAGUUCAUCAAGACAGGUACAUAGGUCAAUAUCAAUAAAUACAGUAAUUAGUGACAGGGUUAUUAGAAAGUGCAAUAGCGUUCAGUUUGUGUUUACUGUUGAUUGCAAUAAAGUUACUCCAAAGCAGCUGUGAUCUAAGGUUAACCAAUGCAUGAAACAAAGGCAACGCAUGAAACGUUGUGUUAUUUGUGUUCGAAACCAGGUAGGUUUACAUUUUUAAGAAAUAGAAUACUAAGAAGAUAAACACAAAGUUAAGAAAAAUUAAUGUGUAUGACACAUAUUCAACUAUUGUUUUUUUUUAUAUUAAAACUAA